AUGUGCGAAGACGAACAAGCUGAAAUCGUCAUUUACGCCGAAGCCGGUCAUUCCAAAGAUAAGACAGCGAGUUGUGGUCAGCAGCAUAAGGCCGGGUUGGAGGAAUCUGCGAUAAGAGAAGUAUCAUUCGAGCAGCAAGAUGAAAGCGAUGCAACGUCUACGGAAAUUGAAAUGCUGCAAGCGGCUGCUGGUACGGUAUCUCAGCAAACUGAGAAGGCUGAGGGUAUAAAAAGUGCGUACUUCGAAGCCAGUCAUUCCAAGGACAAAAAAGCGAGUUAUAGUCAGCAGAAGGACGAGUUUGAGGAAGUUGAGAUAAGGGAAGUGUCAUUCGAGCAGCAAGAUGAAAGUGAUCCAACGUCUGCGGAAAUUGAAGCUGCUAAUACAGGAUUUGAACAAAUGGAGGAGACUAAAGAUAUGGAAAAACCUGAUAGAGGUUUGUUUUUGAUCUAUAAUAUUACGGUGCCAUUCAUAUUCAACCGAUUCUGA